AGCCCCUCUACCUAUAGCUUCACCCUUCUAUUGGCCGUUUGUUUUCCCUUAUGCGACCUGGGAGACGCGCAUCUGCAUCUCUGACUGGUUCUCCUCUCUUAAGGCUAGAGUAACUCUCCCCCUGUGCAUCCAACUGGAAUCCACCCUUUGUGUCUACCUACCUGCCUACACGCCAGUGCUUCGCGAUUACAGGAGGCUCGCCGGCGAAUACACUCCAAAAUCUAUGUCCCGCGACUCAUUGAUUCGACGAAACCGCGACAAACAGAACACAUAGCCCACCAGAGCCCAGAGCCCAUAGUGAUCCGACUGACUUGAGGCCCGAUCAAAGAGCUAGACUCGCAUGCAGGCCAGUGCUCAAGAACUUGCGACCAUCACACCCCACAAUCAAUCACCCAGGCGCACCAAGCGCACCAACAGCUGGAGGAGUAGCUCAGCUCUUUUUUGUCUCUGUACGUCGACGACACCACUUUCCUCGAACCGGACAGCGCAGCUGCAUUAGAUCAAGUGGUCAGCUUUGUCUGCAGUGUAGCAUCGUGCAUAGAUUGCACGAAUAGCACGCGGGCGGGACAACCGACUCCCCCAAGCCAUCGCGGACAUUCAUAUAUCGCUUGUCACUCGAUACUUUUAAGCUACCAACCUCGACAACUUUUUUUGAGACGCCAAAAGGCCUUGGAUUUGAGACCCAAAAGCAUCAGCCUCAGUUCCGCCAGGUCGCUCACUGGCAGCCAGCAGUAACCCUGGAGCCGGCUACCUCUUCCACGGCCCAAGCCAACGCCCCCGCCUCUAGUUCCGAGGAUUAUUCCCAGUCAACAGGAGCCGGCGGUAUUGGUUUGCAAGGCGCCGCUCCUCAGAUAUCUAUCAGAGAUUCCUCGCCCCAAGGUGAAUCUCGAGAACAAUCGACCGACCCAUCACCAACAAUGGCCCUGGAGUCGCCCUUGAUCUCGUCGCCAGCCAACAUGAUGUCAGCCUUCUCACCAUACACUGAAUUCUCACUGUCUCCCAACUCACCGGCAAUGCCCAACACACCAAGAUUCCAGUCGCUAUCUGCUCGGAGCUCUACUGAUGCCACCUCGCUCCAUCCGAACGUUAUUGGGGGUGGCCGAUUCUCUUCCAUUGAUGCCCCAAGCCCAAGCGACAUGGUUGGACCAUCGCCAGUAACUUCGAAUGGCACGGAGACAACCGAUAUAGAAGAUGAUGCUGUAGAGGAGGAACAGGAGGCACAACCCGCCCCCAUCAACAUAAAUGGACAAAAACCAUUGAAUUCGUUAACUACUGCGCUGCCCUCUCACUUCCGCAGUAAACUCGAAGAUGAGCCAGCGUCAGUUAUUCAUGCGCCGCAGGGUUAUAUGAAUUUUGCGAAUACAAAAAAUGACAACCCCCCACAACAACCACCGAAUAUUGACCGGUCUACACCCAAGCCGUUCCAUCACGAAGGUGGAGCUCUCACAAUUGAUUCCUCGCAUGGCGGCGAUAAGACGAUCACACCAAGUCCGGUAUCACCCCCACCAAUCUCAACCGACAUUGCACCUACAUCCUUCACACCAGAUAAUACCACGCCAAGAGCUCAAACGAGGCAAGAGCUGGACCUGAUUUCAGAGAGAUCUCGAUUACGUUCAAGUAGCGCAAGUAGUCUAGAGGGUAUCCCCGAAGAUGCUAGAGAGUCUGAUGAAAAUGCCGAUGACGACCAAGGCUUUCCUGCGCUCAAUGACCCUGACCACGAUGUGAAUGCUUUGAAAACGGCACUCCAUGAAUGCUGGACACUGUGCAACACAUUGGCUAGUCUGAGCUCUAUACACCGAGAAAGAAUAUUCAGUUUCUCGGGGACUGGAGACACCCAUGAAAAGGCGUGGAAGUGCUGCUGGAGAUUAUGCCAGAAGCUGUAUGAUAACCGCGACGACCAUCAUGAUUUCCAAUGCCGGCCCACUCUCGACCUGUGCCGAGAGUUUUGCCAGGCGCUAUUCGAUGUGCGCGAGCGCAACAACGAUCUCGCAGACUCAGUCCUGCGAGUCAGCUUUGAAUUGAACAACCAUCUUUUCAACACUCAUGAUAGGAACCUCCCCGAGGCUUUCCGUGAGCGGACGCUAGAUUUCUAUAUUACCUUAUGUCAUCGUCUGAUGAAACAGAGGAGUGACCAAACACAAGAGACUGAUUCUCUGCUCCGCGCGUGCUGGUCUCUGGCUGAGAUGCUUUUCAGCCUUCGCCAGAACCGUCUUGAAGGCAAGGACGCCGACGAGGAGCUUCUGGGCUCAGCAGUACAGGCCUGCUGGGAGCUCUGCGACCUCUUCCGCGAAGGCUGGACGCAAGUCCGCCCAGAACGAGGGACGCCCCGACCGAGCCAGACAACCUUCACCCAAUCCUUCGACCAGCUUAAUCGCUCUUCCCAUUCCGCACACUCCACCCACUCCCACCAAAAUAGCAAUAGCAGCAUGUCCAGCAUGUCUAGCUUACCCAGCAUCCUCAAGCGCGUCGAGCCGCGGCGCAUUGAACCGGAGACCCCCACCACUGAAUUCGAAGACACGCCUAUCUCCCCAGAAGACCACUCACCAUCUAUUCCCAACAUCCUCGUCCUAGGCACCGAGAACGGGCGCAGCUCAGCCCGCUGGUCCAGCAAUUCCUCCAACCUCUCCGGCUACUCCCAAGGCAGCAAUAAGACAUCCAGCACUGCCAAGGGCACCACCUCCGAAGACGUUAAUCUCACCCGCCUCAAAAUCCUCAUUCUCAAAGCUGCCAUGAAUGUCGGAUUCGAGCGAAACCAACCUUCAAACGGGUCUGUCUCCGGACCCGCAAAUGCACUGCAGGCCUACGUCAAGGCGCUGCCAACAGGGAGUUUCGGCUCCCUACCCUGGCAUGCGAAUUUACUAGCCAGUUACAAGGACCUCGUCCUCAGCGACCCCACGUUCCGCAGCGCUGUCACGCUGCCGCCGCAGGGAAAGCGCGCUAACGCCCUUGAUGUGAGUAAGAGUGUUGGCUGGAUGAUGAAGAGCGGGCAGUAUCUCUGGCUUAAAGACUUGUACCGCCUCGUGUUCGGGUUCCAAGUCGAUGAUGCCGAGAAGCGGAAGAGUACCGGGAUUGUAGUCUGAGUACAGUCCUGAACGAGGCGGUACCAGUCUCUUUUAUGAGAGGAGGGAUCGGGAUCGUCUUGGAGAAAAUAAUCAACUACGUCAAAAGGCAUUCACACGACAAUCCGUCUGGGCAGCACAUCCCCGGGCGGAGAAAUGAAACGAACAACAUCUAUCUAUCUACCCAUCUACCUAUUACUAUUUUUGAGACGAUCUUUUUCACAGCAUCUACUACUUACUACUACUACCUACACACAUUUACAGUCGUUUCAGCGUUCGCGGCGGUAUUGUUGCUUGCUUUGCUGGAUACCCCCUCACCCAUCUACUUCUCGCGAAGUGGGUAUGUUUGUUUUCUCCUGAAACGGGCGCAAAAUCGGCGUCUAUAGUGGGAGCUGGCGCUAUUUUUUUGGUUUUACUUUGCUUUGUUAUGGUUAUGGUUGGGUUGUUUUUUGGUGGGUUUGGUGACUCGGCCCCCCCUGACAUGAUUUGGGGUUAGCGAUGGGGGUUUUUGGGGGCCGAUGGGAAGCGAGGGGUUGGAGGUUUGAAUGGAUUGGGCGCGUGAGUGGUAAGAGGCCACGGGUUGAUGGGAGAGAAGAGAUGUAAGGGGGUUUGUAGACCGCUGUAGUUUGGACGCAUUGCGGAGAGCCUACAUAUCUAUAUCUACCUGCAUAUAUAUAUCUCUAUUACAAGUUACCAUCUCUCCUGCACACCUUUUCACAUUCUCGCCCUUCAAAGCAUAGAAAGUCAUCG